AAGCUGCGUUGAUAUCUCCUUCGCAUCAACUCGUGUUCAUGAUUUGACGAAUUUGUUAUCUUCUCAUACUUCUUGCUUUCCAAUUGUUCAAUUCUCACUAUUUUGAUCUUAUUUUGCCUCAAUUGCCACUCCUCUCUUCCAAGACCCCACACAUCUCUCCAUCAGCCAUGACAACCCCAACCCCAACACAACGCAGCGCACAAGCUUGCCCCUCCCUCCGAAAGCUCUGGAAGCUCCUCAGCUCCCCCUCAAAUUGCCCAAACCGACCUGUCAAGCUCCCAUGCACGUCAACAUCCCGCCUCACCCCCACCUCCACCGACGAGAAGACCAUCCUCUACCUAGCCUACGGCUCCAACCUUUCCGCCGAAACCUUCAAAGGCAAUCGAGGCAUCCGGCCCCUCUCCGCCGUCAACGUCCACGUCCCAUCGCUAUCCCUAACUUUCGACCUCGCCGGGAUCCCAUACAUCGAGCCCUGCUUUGCCAAUACACAAUACCGCACUCCCCCGCCACCCCCAGCCUCGAUAAGCUCGCCCGACUAUCACAAAGAUCGUUGGACAAAAGGCCUCAUCGGCGUGGUGUACGAAGUAACACCCGAAGACUACCGCACAAUAAUCGCAACAGAAGGAGGAGGAGCAAGUUACCACGAUGUUAUCGUGCCUUGUUACGCUCUACCCAAGGGGGGCAAAAUAGUGGACGCGGCACCGAGCGGAGCACCAUUUAUGGCACACACCUUGCUCUCUCCGCGAGACUCUGAUCCUGCAUCGUAUCAAAGUACAGGUAAUGGGGGAAGAGUGGAUGGAAAGGGUGGGAUCACCAGGCCGGAUCCAAGCUACGCACAGCCUUCAGCACGAUACCUGAAGCUCAUCACCGAUGGCGGGGAAGAGCACUCUCUUCCUGCGGAAUACAUGGCUUAUCUGUACAUUAUCCGUCCGUACACAAUCACCACAAGAAAGCAGAAGGUGGGAAAAGCGCUGUUUUUGGCGAUUUGGAUGCCGAUUGUGAUGGCUGUUAUGGGGUUGAGUAAGCUGUUUGCGGAUGAGGAGGGAAGGGUCCCUGCCUGGUUGGGGGGCGUUAUGACGCUGGUGUUUAGAGGGGUGUGGGGGAGCUAUGAUGUGGUGUUUAAGCGGGUUUUUGGGGAUGGGGAGAGGACGAUUUAUGAUGAUGAGGACGGUGGUGGUGGAGAGGAGGAGAAGGGGACUAGGUGGGGUUUUGGUGGAUGUGUGAGGUUGGAAAGUAAUGAUGAGAAGAAGAUGGGGAGAUGAAUAUGAGUAUGUGUUCGAUGUGUAAUGAUUUUAGGUUGGGACUUCUGGUUUCUCGGCGUUGGCCAGAUUUUGGUGGAAUGGGGAUGACACCUUUGAGCGUGAUAUUGGAUACAUAUGCAAGCAGCACUUUCAAUAAUCUUGUCAUUUGCACAUCACCCCUCCAAGUCAUCCCUAUCAAAUGUGGGGCACGCCAGACAGUCUUUCGUGGGCUUAGUUUCGUAUAGGGAGGCUUGACUUCUCUUCUGAGUGGGUCCC